CCAUGUAAUCACAGCCCAUGUGGGCUACGGCCGGGCCGGCCCAUUUUGACAGCUUUAUAUUCCGGCAGUCCGGAAGCCUUUGCUUGUUGACGGAGAACAGCAAGUCAAGAAACAGACAGAAAACGGAGACUCGGAAGAGUUUGGUCGAGAAGGGAGAGAGUGAUAACCAUGGCGAUGUCUGAGAGCCACAUUCUGGGGGAUACCGUGGUCCACUGGGAUGUUCGUAGAGUGCUCGAUCCACAAGUCCAACCCCAAGUUGUCGUCCGGAUUCGCUUCACCGGCUUUGACAGUUCGGCCAACAGGAUCUCCAUCCUCUCGGCGAUGACCCAUUGCUUCCGUCUGGGCCAGACCCCGUUAUCCAGGGCUCUCCCAAUGAUCGUCCACUUCGUAGUAGCCCAAAUCCAUGGCGUCCAUGCGCCAAGCUGCCGGUUCUGCAGUGACCUGCGACGCAGCUUCUCCUCCCUAUUUUCAGCGCAGUUGAUGGCUGGAUCGGUGCUUGAGCUGCUCGUCCACAUCGGCCAGCUCCUCAGACCCAGUGAGUCAAAUGAAGAUGUCGAAAUCUUGCUUGACUGGAUGCUGGAGAAUCCUCCGGAGCAAGAGGAAGAGAUGGCUGGGGCAGCGUAUGAUUUUGACCAUGCUGAGGGUGUUGAUCUCAGCCAUGGUGAAUAUGGCGGUAUGCCGGCCAGCAGGUCUGUUAUUGAGGGGCUGCAGCGUUCACCAUAUGGUCGAGGAGACGGGGUUCGGGAGGAGGAGUGCGUGAUAUGUUUGGAGAAAUUUGAUGCCAGGGCGGAGGUGAACAAGAUACCCUGCUCGCACGCCUUUCACAGUCGGUGCAUCAUCCAGUGGCUGGAGGUGAGCAACCUCUGUCCUAUUUGCAGAUCCCAGGUGCCCACAGCCAGCUCCAACUGAUAGGACCAGCAUAGUUGAUGUGUUUGUUCUGUAUUUGCUUUCUUGUUUUGUCUGAUAUCUUAUCUUCGUAAUUGCACGCAUUGAUCACUGUGUAAAUACAUGCUCCGGUGAUUUAUCCUUUAAUUGAUUAGGGAAGAGUUCUGUUGCUUUCUUUCA